ACGACGGCCCCGACAGCGGCAGUAGCAGCAGCCAUGGCAGCAGUAGCAAGUGCAGCUGAGGCUGCUACAAUCGGAUUCAGCUCCGCCGCCGCCAGGGCUGUCAGGCUCGCUGAUGCCGUACUGCAGGUGUUGGCGGUACGGCAGGAGUUGAUACGGCUGGAUAGGCGGAUGGCGGCGGAGUUAGCAGCGAUUGAUGGGGCACUCAUGGGGUCGGCGCAAGCCAGCGGUGGAGCAGCAGCCGGACAUGCAGCACCCGCCCGGCUGCCAGCCCUGAAGCUGCGACAUCAACAGCACCACCACCAACAACAACAGCAGCAGCAGCAGCAGCGGCAUCGACAGUGGGUGCGGGCCAGCGUGUACGAUGCCUACGAGCUGCGGGCGAGCCUGGCGGAGUUGCUGCGGGAGGCGGCGGGAGUACCGGUGGGGCUGCUGCUGCUGCGGGGAUGGCGGCCGCUGUCCGGCGGGGCUUUAGCGGGAAUGCCGGCAAGGA